UUUGUUCAUUGGCAACUUCAACGCAUACACUAUAAAAUGGCCAAAUCUCAUACAAAAUCAGCCAAGAAUCCACCGACUGCUCCUCUUCAGAAACCUCAGGAGGAUACCUUUCUUUGGCAGAUCUUCUACCUUCCAAUUUCCUGAAUUCUUCACCUACAGUUUUUCUUCCUCAACCAGGUGUUUCUUUUUUUCUUUCUUCACUCUUUCCCAGAUCUGAUUCUAUCAUUUUUAUGCUGCAUGCAUUAUUGCUCCUUUAAGCAAUCUGUUGGGUUUUCGGUUACAAUAGCUUCCUCAAGUUUAUUCAAAUCUGAUGAGGUGAUAUUGUGCAUAAUUUUUUGUUGUCGUUAUUGUGGUUGUCGUUGAUAAGAUGGAGAUUUCUGGUGGGAUUUCUCCAAGUAUGAGUUUGGAUCAGUUACAAAAGAAGGGAUCUGAGGAUACCCAGUUGCAGAAUUUUGAGUUGGAAUUAACUGGACAUGGUCAUGGAUAUAAUCAUCAAUUCCAUUCAAUGAAUGCGUUGGAGAUCUUGAGAGAAACCGUGAGGAUUCUUCGGUAUAAUUGCUCUUCGUUUAUGAUAAUUGCUGUUUUGCUUAUUUGUCCAGUAUCUGCCAUUGUCUUAUCAAAUGUAUUUGUUGAUCAGUCUAUAGUUAAGCGACUGACUAUUAGGUUUUUGUUAGUUGUAAAAUCUGGAGGACUCCCAUUGAGGCCUUUUGUCAAACAGUCGUGUCACCAUUUUGCCGAGAUGGUUGUUUCUUCCGCAAUGUGCUUCCCUUUGUUUAUCACAUUGUCUUUGUUAUCCAAAGCUGCAGUAGUUUACUCAGUAGAUUGCACUUAUUCGAGGAAAAAGGUUAAUGUUUCAAAGUUCUGUGUGGUGAUAAGCAAAAUUUGGAGAAGAAUUCUUUCAACGUACUUGUGGGCAUGUAUGAUGAUUGUUGGUUGUGUUACACUGUUCUGUGUUCUUUUGUUAGCUAUCUGUAGUUCAUUCUCAGUAGUUGGUUUUUCACCAGAGUUAAACUUGUAUGCUGCAAUGAUCGUGGGGUUAGCGUUCUCGGUUGUUUUUGCCAAUGCAAUCAUCAUUUGCAACAUUGCCAUUGUGAUCUCUGUGUUGGAGGAUGUUUCAGGGCCACAGGCAUUGCUUCAGUCCAGUAUUUUGAUUAGGGGACAGACACAGGUUGGUCUUCUCAUAUAUCUAGGAUCAACAAUUGGGAUGGCUUUUGUGGAAGGGUUGUUUGAACAUAGAGUGAAGACACUGAGUUAUGGGGAUGGAACUUCAAGAAUUUGGGAAGGUCCUCUUUUAGUGAUUAUGCUUUCAUUUGUGGUGCUCAUCGAUUUGAUGAUGAGUGCAGUUUUCUACUUCAGCUGUAGAUCUUACAGAUUGGAAGCCUCUGAUGCUGAAUCUCAUUCAAUUUUAGAAACAAUUUCAAUUUCUGCUGAAGCAUUGGUUGUUCAAUGACAUGACCUUGUAAAUUGAUUAUCAUGCAAAAAACUUUCUUCAGUCAAUGCGGAUGGAAGCUGCUUGUGGGUAACUGUGAAUUUUGUUGCUGGUUGCGUUCUCUUUCCACUGAUGAGCAACUUCAGUAACCAUUUAUGUUCAAGAGCUUAUAGUUGUCAAUAACAUCAAGCGACUUUCUGGUCUGCUAUAGAAACGUUACUAAAACGCAGGUGGUCAUAUUUUAGAUAUCUAGUGAUCCAUAGACAAGAAAAGGAAAGGAAAGAUGUAUGAAGUUUGAUAAUUACAAGCAGAUGUAAAGAGUGGUACUCGGUGAAGGUACACUUUGGAGAACUAAAGUUAUUUUUUCUUUUCUAUUUAUUUUUCUUGGGUGGAAAUUUAAUUUCUCUGGUCUUUCAUAUUUAGUAUUCUUGUCCUUUGCAUAGUGUCCACUAUUUGCUGGACUUUGUAUGUUUGGCGACUACAAAAUUAUGUCAUCAAAAUGUUGAUGUUGGAUUGUAAUUAGUGUCUCGUAUAAUUAAAUGAAUUUAAGAGUUAUUGACAAUAAUCUGAUGAAAAUUCUUGCACCAAUUGUAAAUGGAAAUUUGCUUAAUUGCAGACC